CCAGCAGAGCAUGAGGAUGGCCGUGGGCUCCGUCCGGAUGCAGCCCCAGUGCGAGAGCCCGGCGCUGGCCGCGGCGGAGGUGGGCAGCCCGGGGGCCCGGGAGCCGGAGCGCGAGCAGCCGCCCGCGUCGCUGAGACCGCGGCUGCGGGACCUCCCGGCGCUGCUGCGGAGCGGGCUCACGCUGCGGAGGAAGCGGAGCGCCGCCGGGGCCCGGACUCUGUCACGAAGAAUUUCCAAUCCAUACCUUGAACAUACACCUUCCCAGAUUUAUGGAGAGAAUUCGUCUUGUGCAGGAAGAGCGCUGAGGAAUAUUAUUAUCCUUCAGGCAGCUGAGCUGGUAAAGGACAGAGUGAACCUCAAGGGUUUUUACAGGAGAAGCUGUGUUGGGUCAGAGCUGGUUGACUGGCUUCUAGAGCACUGUCCCUUUGUCCCAUGCAGAGCGAUGGCCAUAGGAGUGUGGCAGCUGCUUUUGGACAUGGGGAUCAUGUCAUCAGUGGAUCAGCAUCUCUACUUUCAAGAUACUUAUGUUUUCUAUCAGUUUUCAUCUGAUGAAUGCAGCUACCUGUACUGUGAGUUCGAGAGAGAAGAAGAAUGGCAGAACGGCGUUAAGCUUCUGCUGCAGCUUGUCCCUCUCCUCCCUGCCAGGGCUGGCAUCUGCGAGCUGUCUCAUCAGAAAAUUGAAGAUCCCGAGGAAAGCAGUGAUGAAAUCCUUGCCCGCCUGACAUCUGCGGUGCAGAGAGAGCUAGCAGCUGUUAUUGCUUUGAAAGCAAGGAAGUCUGCACUUGAGCAGGACGAUGAUGAUGACAGUGGCCAACACGUACCUGCAACAGGAGCUGAAGGCGCUGCGGAUGCUCAGGCUGGAGUGAUGUGCAAGCUUCAGGAGCGGGAUGACAUCGGGCGCAUCGAGCUGGUCCAGAAGCUGGCAAGAGAAAACUGUCAGUUUUUGCAGACAGACAGAAAAGAACCGGAGAGAUCUGAACACCAAGAUGAUGAAGUGACGACUCUCCAGGUUAAAGAGCAAGACCAGACCGUCCUGCUGCUGAAAAAAGUGCCGGGCUGCGGCCCCGCCCCCGCCGCCUCCGGGAGCGCGGAGAGCGAUUGGAGAUACGUGGUGGUGUCCGGGACCCCGGAGAAGAUCUUGGAGCACCUUCUCAAUGACUUGCACCUGGAGGAAGUCCAAGACAAAGAAACAGAGACCCUCCUCGAUGAUUUCCUUCUCACGUACACUGUCUUCAUGACGACUGAUGACCUGUGCCAGGCGCUGUUAAGGCACUAUUCUGCUAAAAAGUAUCAAGGCAAAGAAGAAAAUUCAGAUGUUCCUCGUAGGAAACGUAAAGUCUUGCAUCUGGUUUCUCAGUGGAUUGCUCUGUACAAAGACUGGCUUCAUGAGGAUGAACAUUCAAAAAUGUUUUUAAAGACCAUAUAUCGGAAUGUACUGGAUGAUGUCUAUGAAUAUCCAAUACUUGAAAAAGAGUUAAAAGAAUUUCAAAAGAUCCUUGGAAUGCAUCGUCGUCACACUGUAGACGAAUAUUCACCUCAAAGGAAGAAUAAAGCCCUUUUCCACCAAUUCAGUCUUAAGGAGAACUGGCUCCAGCACAGAGCAACUGUGGCUGAAACAGAGGAAAUUUUUUGCCAUGUAUACAUAACGGAGCACUCCUAUGUCAGUGUGAAGGCAAAGGUUUCCAGUACAGCCCAGGAGAUCCUGAAGGUUGUAGCAGAAAAAAUCCAACAUACAGAAGAGGAUCUGGCUCUGGUGGCCAUCACGUUCUCUGGGGAAAAGCAUGAGCUUCAGUCAAAUGACUUGGCCAUCUCCAAAUCCCUUGAAACAUCGGGUCGGAUAUAUGUCUACCGGAAAGACCUGGCGGACACUUUGAACCCUUUUGCUGAAAAUGAGGAAUCACAGCAAAGGUCGAUGAGGAUUUUGGGAAUGAACACUUGGGAUCUUGCUCUGGAAUUAAUGAAUUUUGAUUGGAGCCUCUUUAAUUCAAUUCAUGAGCAAGAGCUGAUCUACUUCACCUUCAGCAGACAGGGAAGCGGGGAGCACACCGUAAACCUCAGCCUCCUGCUCCAGAGAUGCAAUCAAGUCCAGCUGUGGGUGGCCACGGAGAUCCUGCUUUGCAGCCAGCUGGGCAAGCGAGUGCAGCUGGUGAAAAAGUUCAUCAAAAUCGCAGCCCACUGUAAAGCCCAGAGAAACCUGAAUUCUUUCUUUGCUAUUGUGAUGGGACUCAACACUGCUUCUGUCAGCCGACUGUCUCAGACCUGGGAGAAAAUCCCUGGGAAGUUUAAGAAACUUUUCUCUGAACUCGAAAGCUUAACAGAUCCUUCCUUAAAUCACAAAGCCUACAGAGACACAUUCAAAAAGAUGAAGCCACCAAAAAUCCCUUUCAUGCCCUUACUGCUUAAAGAUGUAACUUUUAUUCAUGAAGGAAAUAAAACAUUUUUGGAUAAUCUUGUCAAUUUUGAAAAGCUGCACAUGAUUGCAGACACUGUACGAACCCUGAGACACUGCAGGACUAACCAAUUUGGAAGUGACAUGUCUCCAAAGGAGCACCAGGAGCUGAGGUCCUACGUCACCCACCUGUAUGUCAUCGACAGCCAGCAGGCCCUGUUCGAGCUCUCCCACAGGCUUGAGCCAAGGGCGUGAGGUGCCACCCGCCUCCUGAGACUGCUGCACUGAGCCACAGGAAGGUCUCUGCCCAGCGCAUUGCUUCCUGUGAGAAAAGGAGUUGCUGAGUUUUAUCAGCACACCACAAGACGUGCACGGGAAGGGCAGCCAGAGCGGGCUCAGGAAGUGAUGUCAGCCGCCAGCAAUGGGAGCGGCCCCUCCGCCGUGCUCUUGGAGUGAGAAGGAAGGAAGAGCUGGCAGCAUUCUUGGAACAGAGCGGCCUGGUUUCUCACCCUCAGUUGCUGAUCUGGUCCAGGUUUCAAUUUAACAUGUGCCAGCAUCGACAGGAGAAAACGCAGCCUGACACACGGAGAACUGAUACUUCGACGUGAGUGCGCCUGCAGGAGGAGGACAUUAGCUGGCUGCCUGUAGGUCAUCAGAGGACAGUGAACACCCGAAGACAGGGAGGGCACCCCUAGACAUCCGGGCGGGGAGAGGCCUCGCCCAGCCAACUCUGGCAUCACAAGAGCCACAGGAGUCUGGGGAGCUGUGGGCUGGCACCAGGCAGUGGUGCUCCACCGAGCAGAUGCGCGACGCCAGGACACGCACGUCUGCAUCCGCAGUCCUUGCAGUGUGUGCUUGCAGGUGAAGUAGCACCUGGACAGCUGAUCUGCUCCUGUAGGCAGGUAGACUUGGUUGCUUUGCCAGUAGGGAACAGGGUAGUCUUUAGGCAGGUGACUCCUUGUUUAAUAGCUGGGGGUUUCUUGUAUGUUUGGAAGCAGGCUGGUUUUCACCAGACACAGUGUAAUCUUCGGUAAGUGUACAGUGCCCGACGCGCUGCUCAGAAAACAGCUCAUGGGGGUGAGGAUUGCCAGGGUCUGCGCUCUGUGUCUGAUGAAGUCCUAGCAUUGCGCGGCCCUCGGGCAGGUGCGCUGCCACAGGACAGGGUGAGAACAGCCCGGUGAAGGAGAGCAGUUGUGUGUGUGAGGCACUGAGUGCUAACAAGAGCAAGGUAACAGGACAGUGGGGAUUACCAUGUGGGGCAAGGGGAGCAUGCCCCGAAAUAGCCAGGUGGCUGGCAUAUGGUGGAGACUCAGGAGUCCUGCAGUCUGCUUCCCACGCAAAGCAGGAAGUCUCGCUGUCAUUUGCCUUUUUGCUUUUUUCCCCAAAGCCUCCACAUUCCGAGUCUUUUUGAUUCACAUUUUUACAAACUGGGGGCUCCUCUAGCACAUAAGACUUCUCACUCUUCUCAUUGACUGGUUAGAGGGUUUCCCUUAACCCUCAGAUGUACAAAAAUUUAAAUGAAAUGAGACCAACUAGAGGAGGACAGAGCCAUACAAUCAGGAGAGAUGUUGCUGAUGCAAGCAAGCUAUCAGAAGUCCUCCUCCAACACUACUGGGGACAGCAGGGGCUCAUGGCACAACCACCUGUGCAUGUGCCUCUUUCAAGCUGGCAACCAGGGUUUGACGGGUGUGAUCACACAGGCCAUUCUGACAUUGUCUCUGGUUCAUGUAUUUACUUUAGAUUCACAUUGCAUCAUACAGAGCAUUGCCUCCAAAGGACCGAUUUCCCUUGGAAAUUACUUCAGAUGAGCACGUGCGGCUCAGACUCCAGUUCAGUGUGUACGCUGGGCCACACAAAGCCCCGUGUGCACUCUGUGAAAUGCAUUUUGGGUGGCCAUUAGUGUGUCCUGCACACCAUGAGUGGAAACGGGCUGGGAAAGAGUGGUGUUUCUUUUGCUUGAGAGUGAAAGAAAGAGAGGACUUUGUUUUACAUUUGCUUUGCCAUCCAUGUCUUCUGACCACCUAAAACCUUUCAGUAUUGCUGAAAUUUAACAACUGUCUCUAAAGAUCUCCCAGGUAGAAUAGCAGGAACCAGAGUUUGCUAUGCAGAAAGCUCUCCCUGUUGACCCAGGGUAUGGCAGGACUUGUGCACACCUUGCUGGGGGAUGGCCUCACACCCUGCCCAGAUGUUCACCAAGGCCUCUGCAGAAUGCACUUCUUUCUGACUGGAAGGGUGGAUGGGCAGGUGCCUAAGCCUGUUCCCCGCUAGCCUUUGGGAUUUUUAUGAUUGCAAAAAAUCUCCAUCUCUCCAGAAAAUCUUCACCAAACAGGUUUGCAGGACACCUCUACAUGGGCUCUUUCUCUUACAGCACAAUUCCCCAGCAGUCUUGGGGGCUUUCAGAUGCACUAGCAUAGUGGCAGGCCAGCCCUGCCUAGAGUUGGUGCAGGAUGGUAGAGCCCUUAUUGCUGUUGACAAAGUUGCAACUUUUCUUUUCUUUCUUUUUUUUUUUUUUUUUUUCAAUUACUAGGAACAUUUGCAGAUGUUCCAUAGACUACCUGUUUUAAAUUCACUCAGUUAUAGGUUAAAUAAUUGGCAAGUGGUCAUAGUCAUGCAUACUGUAAACUACAUUCAUUUUUUGUUAGUAUCCUUAAUUAUGUUGAGAAUGAAUUCAUUUUGCUAGAUUGAGUACAGAUUGCUGCAUUCUCAAGCAGAUAGCACAGCACAUACAUUAAAUUUAGAAGCAUGAGAAUAAACAUUGCAUGUCUGUGUGGGAGAGAAACAGACACACGGGAGAGAAAGCGAAGACGACGCCUGACCCCAGAGCUGGCCUUUCACUGCUGCUGAACCCCAGCCCUGCUGCUGUGCUGCGACCAACACAUACACUGCAAACCCUGACCUGUGUGGCACAACCACUCCAAGCUGCUCGGAAACAGCAAGCCCAAGUCGGCUGCAAUGGUCCGACCCAAGAUUUCAUCUAAAUUCUUCAAAGACAUGUCCUUCAAUUUCAGCCUGCUUGUUAGUGAGUAGGCCAGUUCUGCUUCAGAAUGGUGGAAGAAAAACAGUUUUUAAAAAUUGCCAAAAAGUUAGAUGAAAAUGUACUACUGUAUAAAACAAAGCUGUACAUACUAAACAUUUUUUAGCAGAGUAAUAUUUAUUUGCAUAGCCUAUUUAUUGUAUUCAUAUUAUACUGUUGUUAAACACUGCAAUGAAAUUGAUGAGCUCAAGCAAGGAAUCUUGCCUUUUACUGUAUCCCUGCUUAGGACAGCUAUGACUUUGUCAGCUUGCAUUAACAAUUAGAAGAUAGAAAACCCGCAGUCGGGGUGAGUACCUAACUUCUCAGGGACUACACUUUACACUUUUCAACCAUUAAAAGAACUGGUAAAUAUGAAACAUUUGUUGAAUUACCAGAAUUGCCACGAACAGUGUUUCUUUUUCUGAUAUUUCAUGGUUUCUGCCUCUGUACAUAGGACUCUGCUGUGUAUUUAUCAAAGCUAGCAAGCAAUAAUUUAUAUGUAAAAAUGGCCAAGCAAUAUAAGGUUGAAACUUAUAUGAGUAACUGUUACUUUAUCUUGUAUUUUCGAGUGUUUUUUAAUUGCCUUUCCAAAUAUAAGACUAUGUUCAAGAUAA